GUGUCUUUGUUAGAGUUUGGUGUCUCUGCCAGUUUACCAGGCUCUCAGGCCAUUUGUCUCGCACCCAUUUGUCUUUCCGCCCUCUUUCUUGUAACUUUCUGCAAAAACAACACAAAAAAAAACACAGCCAAAAUGGAGGCCAUCAAGAAGAAGAUGCUCAUGCUGAAGCUGGACAAGGAGAACGCGCUGGACCAGGCUGAACAGGCCGAGGCCGACAAGAAAGCAGCAGAAGACAGAAGCAAACAGCAUGAGGACGAGAUCCUGCAGAUGCAGAAGAAGCUGAAGGGGACGGAGGACGAGCUGGACAAAUACUCUGAGGCCCUGAAGGACGCCCAGGAGAAGCUGGAGGUGGCCGACAAGAAGGCCGCUGACGCUGAAGCAGAGGUGGCUUCUCUGAACAGACGCAUCCAGCUGGUGGAGGAGGAGCUGGACCGAGCUCAGGAGAGACUGGCCACCGCUCUGCAGAAGCUGGAGGAGGCCGAGAAGGCUGCAGACGAGAGCGAGAGGGGUAUGAAGGUGAUUGAGAACAGAGCUCUCAAGGAUGAGGAGAAGAUGGAGCUGCAGGAGAUUCAGCUGAAGGAGGCCAAACACAUUGCAGAGGAGGCCGAUCGCAAGUAUGAGGAGGUGGCUCGUAAGCUGGUGAUCGUAGAAGGAGAGUUGGAACGUACAGAGGAGAGGGCGGAGCUUGCUGAGGCUAAAUGUGCCGAGCUGGAGGACGAACUGAAGAACGUCACCAACAACCUGAAGUCUCUGGAGGCGCAGGCUGAGAAGUAUUCUCAGAAGGAGGACAAGUAUGAGGAAGAGAUCAAGAUCCUGACUGACAAGCUGAAAGAGGCUGAGACCAGAGCUGAGUUUGCUGAGAGAUCUGUUGCCAAGCUGGAGAAGACUAUUGAUGAUCUUGAAGAUGAGCUUUACGCACAGAAACUCAAGUACAAAGCCAUCAGUGAGGAACUGGACCACGCCCUCAAUGACAUGACCUCAAUUUAAACGUCAUGAAGCUCCACCGUCCUGUCAGGCUGUGGUUUCAAAACUCAGCCUUUUUCUGCUGAUCAUCACUGACGUCCCCCUCCUUCUUUCUGUGUCUCGUUUAUGUUUCCUCAUUCCUUCAACUGUUUAGGUGUUGAAAUCUCUCUCUGUUUGUGCGACUGUUAUUUAACGUUGUCGUCUCUCCUUUACAUCUGAAAGUUAUCGUUCGUGUAUGUUUCUGUAUCAGUCUUUGACGACUGAGGGAAAGAAAGUGUUUCACCAAA